AUGCCUGACGAUGCAAAGCAACCAAUCCUUUUGCCCCCAAAGCAAGAAUUUACCCGGUUAAUCAUUCGCGAAGCUCACGAGUUAGUACAUCACGAUGGAAUUAGAGAAACUUUAAAUUGCGUUCGAAGAAAAUAUUGGGUUCUACGUGGUCGAGAGAGUGUUAAAGGAAUGGUAAGAAGAUGCGUGACGUGUAAAAGGUUUGAGGCUAAACCCUUUGCUGCAGCUAAAGAACCAGCUUUACCGUCAAGUCGAGUCAGCGAUGAGCCACCAUUUAGCAAUACUGGUAUUGACUUUGCUGGUCCCCUAUACGCUGUGACGAAUCGAGAAUCGAAGAAAGUCUAUAUCUGUUUAUUUACCUGCGCCUCUACUAGAGCCGUCCACCUGGAACUUGUCCCAUGUUUAUCCGUAUCUUCAUUUCUUCAAGCCUUUCGACGCUUUGUUUCCCGAAGAGGUUUGCCAUCACGAUUAAUAACUGACAAUGCUAAGACUUUCAAGAGUGCAUCCAAAGAAGUAAAGAACAUCUUGCGAUCUUCCGAAGUUCAACGAGAAAUGGCAUCUAGAGGGGUGCAAUGGGAAUUCAUCAUAGAAAAGGCACCCUGGCAAGGAGGAUUUUACGAACGAAUGAUACAGAGUACGAAGAGGUGUUUUAAAAGGAUUCUUGGACGAUCUUCUAUGGACUUCGAGUCAUUACGAACACUCUUAGUGGAAAUCGAAACGACGAUAAAUAAUAGACCACUUACGUAUGUCUAUGACGAUGAGGAAGGAGUGUCGUACCCCCUUACACCUUCUCAACUAGUUUACGGUAGACAAAUCUCGUUAAUGCCAAGUGAUCGACAGUUCGACAUUAUCAGUACUAACCGAUCAUUGACCAGGAAAGCGAAGAAUCAAAGGCGCUUACUGGACCAAUUUAUUAAUCGCUGGAGAACGGAGUAUCUAUUAAGCCUUCGAGAGACAUCGCGCGUUCUUCAUGGAACAGAGAAGGAAACAAUAGCCGUUGGUGACAUAGUUGUGUUGAAGAAUGACUCAACUCCACGAAUGUUUUGGAAGCUUGCACGAGUCAAGGAGCUCAUAAAAAGUCAGGACGGUGUAAUUCGGGCAGCAAAGAUUUGCGUGGUAAAUUCGGGAAAAGGGCGUGUGAUUGAAUUACGACGGCCUAUACAACAUUUAAUUCCUCUGGAGCUGAAAUUGAGUCCAGAUACAGAAAACGAUGUGUCUCCAGCUGUUGAAAGUGCACCGAAAGAAGAAGAAUCGACCAGACAGCGACCGAGACGAAGUGCGGCGGUAGUUGGAGAACUUUUACGAAAGGGGAUGAGAUAAGUUCAUUAUAAUCGUAUAGUUAAAGUAUAUUUGAUCACUCUGGGGUGAUCAACGCCAGGAGUGUGAUAAACUGUGAGACAUGAACAGAGUUUCAAUAACAUUUGUUGCGUUUACUUUGAGCCUGAUUGCAGGCUGUUGAACCUGUUCGCAGGCUAAACACGUGCGAUUCGCUUUUACAUACGGGAAUUUUAGUAUAAAAACAACAAGUUUCAUAUUCUUUCGAUCGAACGUGUAUUAUCUAUAUUAUAUUCGAUUAUUCGAGGAUAUUUCGUUACGAACUCAACGUUAGUUAUGUUUAAGUCUUUUAUCUUAUUAUUUGAUAGUAAAGUGAUAUAAUUUUAAUGUUAUCCGUGUGUUAAUUGAACGAACGUUAAAUAUUGAGCGAGGAAAUGCGAUAAAUAUUAUGCGACGUGCAUAACAGGUAGCACAAUUUACUGGUUUCCCAACAGUUUACGUUGUGAGCUUUUUCUCAUUCCGUGACACUUAAAUUGUAUACUGUAAAUGUCCGUUGUAUUGAUUUUUAAGAACACGGCAGAUGUUGAUGAAAACUUUCUUAAAGCGAUGGCAGACAUGGGAGUUGACGGUCAAGAUCCAGACUUUAAUCAAGGGGUAUUUCCCAUGAUGCAAGGCAUGAUGAUGAAUUUGUUAUCGAAAGAUGUUCUUUACCCGGCUCUAGAUGAGUUACGAACGAAGGUGAGUUACCUAAUGUGUCAUUUCAGGAAACCUCUACACUCCCCCUACGCAGGAAAUUUCUAGUGCCAUCCAGAGGGCGAGGGAGGAGAAUCUACAUCUGAUAAUAGUACAAUACACUAGGAUAUUUAAAGGGGGUGGGGUUAACAUCCAAUUUCCUUUGUGGUUGGGUGUGUUGUGUUGUGGAAUGACCCAAUGUCGUUUUCAUUUAUAUUGAUUAUAUAAUUUUUAUCAGUUACUCGUUUCUGAUUGUUAAAGAUUUCGGUGUUGUCUUUUUGAUGUUUAAUAGUAGUAGUAGCCUGCUUGCCGCCUGGAAUUUACAAGGGGGGAUAAUAUCCCUAUUUGUUUGUGUAUAUUGUGGCUCUGGUGUUUGUAACUUAAUAAAAAUACAUAUCUGCAUGGUUAUUUUGUCCGGGAACACGCUGAGAAAAUUGGUAAAAUGAAUUGUUAGUAAAACUAAUGCUCGGAAUGAAGUAUUAAUACACUUUUCACUGACAAGUUUCGAAAACACUGACAAUCUCCUUACAAGUUGAAACAGCAGAUUAAAUUUCAACCCUAUACUCUUUCUCAUUUUUAAGUACCCUGCAUGGUUGGACGAAAAGAAAAGUACCCUGCCAAGUGAUGUUCAUGAAAAUUAUUCCAAACAGUACAAAUUAGUUUGUGAAAUAUGUUCUGAAUAUGAUAAGGAGAACGAGAAAGACACCGAAGAAAUAAAAAAGAAAAGAUUUGACAAACUAAUGGGGUUAAUGCAAAAGGUAAGUGGGCAUGUACAAACUUUUGUUAAUAUGCUGAUGAAACGUCAUCUGCAGUACCCCAGUAAAUCUAGUAUGUCCUCUGUCUGAAUCCAUCCUCGUUACUUCGUAUAGAUUAAAUGUAUACAGACGAAAGGUUUGGAUAUAAUUAUAAUGAAUCUGCGUGAGUAGAAGAUCUGCGCGUGUAUAGAUAGUACAAUGCACGGAGGGGAUAUAUAGAGGGCGUUAUAAUCAUAUUUUCCCGAAUCCCCAGGGGGGAGGGUUUAUAAACCGAAAAUUAAAAGCCUCCAAGUUGAGAGACCACAUCCUUCAUAAAAACGAUGUUUUAUAUUUUAUCAAGUACAUUUGUCACAUUUAUUUCGAAUCAUAUGUCGUUUUUUCUUCAAAAUUUGCUUCAUAAUUUUAAAAAAUAGCUUUCUUUGAAGUUUGAAAUCUUAGUAAUUCAUUACUCCUUAGCAUAUUUUGCCGGCCAUCUUGUUUGCGUGAUCGCCGUCCUGGUUUAUGCGAAUCAUAUCACCUGCUAUGUCAAAUACGAUGACGUAUAAGGCGUGAUUCGAUUAAAAAUAUUAUGCUCGCGUGGCACAAACUUAACUUUCUGAUUGGACACUUCGAAUUUGAGGUAUAAUAAUUUAUAUCAAAGAAUACGAGUGCUGUUAAAUAUCAGUGUGUCCAUUAAAUAAGCCUAAAUUACACCUGAUGUGAUACCCUCCAACAACGUCACACUUCUUCAUUUUAAAGAAUUACACUCAGCAACGAAUAAGAUGCAAAAAAAUUUUCUUUUAAAUCAUUAUGCAUAUACCUGACAUAAAUUUCGAAUACUGCAUAUAUAUCAAACAAAUUGAAAUAUUAGUGAGGAAAUUAGAAUCUUCAGAAUAAGUUACCUGUUUCAAGUGGAAAACUGGCUUAAGAGGUUGGUGCAUGGCACUUUAUCCAUUGGAGCUAAAUAACUUUACAGAACUGAAAUUACUGCAACAAUUUCGAUAAAUUCUCCUUCAGUAUGGUGCGAAAUGUCUGCCACUGACUGCAGGCCAACAAUUUUGUAUCCGUCAUAUUCAAGGCGUGACCAUGCAUGCUUAAAAAAUAUAACUAUAAAUAUAACUAUAUUGGAAAACGUUGUCUCUGCCUACAGUAAGACAGUGCACUGCAUGAUUUAUCAUGUCAGUUUUUGUUUAAGUUUAUUUCCAUUGAUAAAUUGCCAUUGAUAGUCAUGCAAGCACAUUGAAAAAGUAAAAGAGUAUAGUUGUGAAUUGUUCGUCUUCAUGUAUAGAUGCAAAGAUAUGGUCAACCGCCUCAAGAACUAGUUGGAAGUGGGGUAAGUAAAUCUUUCCAAUUACAAACCAUAUCUCUCAGGUUCAUUGGUAUAAACAUUCCUUUACAUCAAGCUCGAGAAUUUCGGUUCUUUCAUUAUAAUCUGGUUGUUAAAGAUUUCAGAGUUGUUUUUUUAAUGUUUACAAGAGGUAUUUAGAUAAAACAUCACAAUUUGUUAUUAAUGAUUAUGUACAGGGUAAUGUACAUCCACGAAAUUAACCUUGGGCAAAACAGAGUACAUGCCGAAAUAUUCCACGCAUUAGCUACAUAUAAAAUUGGCGUGGCUGCUUUUCCUAUAUUUGUACUAUACUAGGCUAUCUAACUGCAUGAGGGGUAUUGUAGAUGGAAAUUAUCGAGUGGAAAUUUAUGUACAUUUAUUAGACCUAACCAGGAACAAAUGCGAAAAACGCAACUUUAGGUCCCUGGCAGGAAUUGAACCUGCGGCCCUGCGAUUUCGUGCAGCACUCUAACCAACUGAGCUAGAGAGGCCAGUUGUCGAGCUCUAACAACAAGUUCAUGUAUAUAUACUAGGGUAUACUGCCGUGUAUAGGUUUUGGUAAAUAUCAAGAUUUUUUUGGCAUCUCACUCGAUUGAAUAAUAUAGGUUAAAAAUAUAUAGAUUUCCACUCGAUAAUUUCCAUCUGCAUGCAAUGUCCUUCAACUAUUAUCGGGUGAGAUGCAAAAAAAAAUCUUGAUACCGCACUCUCGGAAUGAACGAAUGUGAAAGGUAGGUAUACUGUUCUAAACUAGACCAAUAUUGCACUAAAUACUUCGACAGACUUUGUUUUACUUCGAGCGAUCUCGCAAGUUACAAAGAAGUAAAGAACCUACCUUGUUCUCACAUUUUAUGGUUUAAACCAUCGCGUAUAAUACAAUUUACUGUUUAUUGUUGAAGCCAUACUGUAUUUCAACGUGCAUGAUAUCAGGGGCGGGUCUAACAUCAUCUGCUGGAAAGGGUGCAGCUUUUCCAUUGGGGGAUGCAUGUAUGAGGGAGCCUUACUGCCCGCUCUCCUCUGCAGUCUGCAACGCGAUACUAUCCCAACAUUACCAUUAUUUGAGAUGGUCGUCAAAUCUGCAUGUUCGCCGUUCUACAUAAAAUAACACGUUUCUGAUAUAAAAAAACUACUUGUCCUUAUAAAUAUUACUAAAUACUACAUUUUUCAUUAAAAAUUAAAUGACAAUAAUCCUAUAAAUAGUUAAAAAAUCAAGAACAUUUUCUAAGCUAUAACAGUUAUUUUGUUCGCCGUUCUAUUAUCUUUUAUAUAAUCUUUUAUAUCGGCUUUUUUAUCACGUAUGCGUGACUGGACAGCAGUAUAGUAAAUUUGCUUGCUAACGUACAGUAUAUUUGAUAUUUUAACUCCAGGUGCAAGGCCAAGGGGCUUUUGGAGAAAAUUUUGGACCAGAUAAAUGUCCAGUGAUGUGA